GCUAUUUUCUUAGCUGUUUCUAAAUACCGAAUGUAACUAAAGACAAACAUUGCAUGUUUUGUUUCAGUUAAAACAAAAUAAAAAUGGAUAAAAGUGUGCUUGAGUGGAAAAAAGCGAACAUUUACAACACCAUACCCUUCACGAAAUGCCCAAACACGGCAGACAUAACGUGUCAUUGCGUUAACGUAAACAAUGCAAUCGCUGAGCAAAAGAAAAUUAGAAUUGUUCUUUGUGACCAACAUGGAAAUAUACAUGUUUAUUUUUCGGAUUGGGAAUCUUUUUCGUUUAAGUCUCAACACGGAAGCGACACUAUCAAACUUUGUGCACUAACAUCGAAUAGUUUGCUGGUAACUGCAACACAGGAUGCACAUUAUAGGCUUCAUAUCGACCUUUAUGAUAUACAAAGAUUAACGAAAAAGCAAGAAGCUCCUAUUAUUGCAUCUGCAUCAUAUCCACUCAUAAGUACUGCUGCGUGCAUGACUGUUGAAGUUAUUGAUGAAAAAAUACUUGCCUUGGGCAUAGGUUUCGCGAAUGGAGAUAUUCUGUUGCAUUAUGGAAAAAUAAGUAGAGACUUUUCUGGCAAUCUUUGUCGACACACGAUAUCUUCAGACUCAAUAAUUGGAAUACAUUUCGAUCAACUGUCAGAUAUAUCAACUCAAAACAUGUUUAUAACAUGUAGUCAUGGUGUAUAUUGCUUUCUCUUAAAAGAUAAAGGCUUUAUUGAUAAAAUAUUUGUUCUUGAUAAUGAAAAAAGCCACCACAAUCAUUGUUGUACAAUGCGAAAACCUACUUGUGGAGAUUCCCAUGGGUCUAUGUUGGUAGUUGGUCGAGAAGACGCUAUGUACUGUUAUACGCGUGAUGGAAGGGGACCUUGUUUUGCUAUUGAAGGAACAAAAAAAAGCUUAAAUUGGGAAGGACAUAAUCUUAUCAUCGUCGUCAAACCGAUGAAAUCCCUUUUAAAGCUAAGUCAAGCUACUUUGAUUAUAGUGGAUACCGAUAAUAAAUUAAUAGUAUUUUAUAGUCAAAUUAAAGAUGUGUUUUGUACAAUCAGUGAAAAGAAUUUGUUCUUUAUAAUAAGCUGUGACAAAGACUAUGCAUUAAUUUUAAAGCAGUAUAAUAUGAGUAAAACAGUUGGCCUUUUAAUUUACCAGAAAAUGUAUGAAAUCGCACUGAGGUUUUUAGAUCGAGAAGGCUUUACAUCUUCCGCAGAGGCUUCUUCUGUGCGAUUUCAAUACGGAAAUUAUUUACUUCACAGAGGGGAAAUAAGUAGAGCGGUUCAAGAAUAUACUAAAACAAUUGGAUUUAUUAAGCCAUAUGCUGUAAUUUCAAAACUUCUUUCUUCUCGAUACAAUGAUUAUCUUAAAGACUACUUACUUGAAUUAAAAAAAAAAAUGUCGAGCCAUAAUUUGAAACUUAUUGAAUGUUGUUCGAAACGUAACCAGUUGAAACAGAAAAUUGAGGAGCUAAAGGAUGCAGAGGCAAAAUCGAGGCUCAUGAAAGUAAUACUGGCUGUGGGAUUACCAAAAAUAUAUUUCCAUCAGACGUUGGAAAAUCAAUGUGACUUUAUAGAAAUAAAUCUCUUAAAUCGCAUUUUGGAAUAUGCUGAUAAACAACAAAUUGUUGAUUUCUAUAGAUUGUUUAAGAAUGACGGAUUGGAAAUAUUUGAUCCAAAAUCGAAAAAUAUGCUUUGUUUUCUUUACAUUUUAUCUGAACACAAAGAUUAUUGCGUCCACUUACUGGCAAAAAAUGUUAACAGCUACUCUACCUGUGAAGAUAAUGUGUAUUAUUAUUUACUCAUUUUGUAUCUUGAACUAUGGAGUGCCAAUAAAAUUAAUAAAAGUUCAGUUCUAGACUUUUUGCAAAAAAAUAGCUUACGGCUGGAAAAGGUUUUAGUCAUAUGCACCCUUUUUAAAUUUCCAUGUGAAGUUGGAGAAAUUCAAUAUAAAAAACCGAAUGAGAACACCGUCACAAACAACGCAGUCAAUAAAUGCAUAAGUAAAUUAGUUGAAAAGAAUCCAGAAGUGGGUUUCGAAUUAAAUGCAAGUAAGAAAACAUUUCUUAUAAUGUUGAAGAAGUCGUGCACAAAUAAAGCAAUACAGGCGUUGGAGCUUAAGCCUCUCUUUAAAGAAGGAAUAUUUCGUGAUAUAGUAGAUUCAAAAAAGGAAAUAAAUAUAAUUAAGGAUUUAAAAAAUACGCUUAAGAAAUCAAAUUGCAUACUUUCUCUUUAUACAAACAAUCCAAUUGAAUUUCGCAAUGACACAUGUGACAUUUGUCGUCAAACCUUAAAUAUGCAAUCCAUAUAUUUUCUUUGUCAACACACCUUUCAUAAAGAAUGCUUAAACUAUAAUAAAACAACAUGUAAAGACGAAUUGAAAUGUGCAAUUUGCAAUGUAAAAUUUACUUCCCUGGAAGAAAAAGACCAGCAAAAGUUAAAUUCAGAUUCCUUAAGUGUUAUUUCAUUGAUUUCAAAAGAACUGGCUGGAGGAAUAAUAAAAGUAGAAACGGAAACAACGGUUUUAAAAUCUUUUAAACAUAAGAUGGGUAAAAACAAUCGCGGAGAAUGGCAAGGAAAAUGCACUAAAAAUCCAUUUGAUUCCAAUUAUAAUUUGUAGUAAUAUACAUAAAUAUAUUUUUAAAAAUAUUGUUAUAUAAAA